UUGUUGAUUUGGGAGGCACCAGCAAUGUUGUUAACAUUCAUUAUGAACCAGAGGAGUUGGAAGGGCACAGGACAUUAUAUGUUGGGGUACGGAUGCCUUUGGUUAGACAAGGCCACAGACAUCACAGACCCCACGGCCCCAAACACAGAAAACGAGAUCGGAUAAAGGAAAGUAGCGAGGACAAACAACCAGUGGAACAACUUGCCUUCAAUACCCCAUCUCAGCGAGUUCACUUUAUCCUUGGUAUGGAAGAGGAUGAGGAGCAUGUCCCCCAUGAUUUAUUCACAGAAAUGGAUGAAAUCUGCGUGAAAGACGGUGAAGAAUCAGAGUGGAAAGAAACAGCAAGAUGGCUGAAAUUUGAGGAAGAUGUGGAAGAUGGAGGAGAACGAUGGAGUAAGCCAUACGUGGCUACUCUCUCACUGCACAGUCUCUUUGAACUGAGGAGCUGUAUCAUCAAUGCGAGUAUCCUUCUGGAUAAAUCUGUAAACUGCACUGAAGACAUUGCAGAAAUGAUCCUGGAUAGCCAGGAUUCUCAGGAUAUAUCCAUACGUAAAAAAUUCUGGGAAACCCUCUUGAAGAAACACCAUCAUCAGCAUGGAAAAAAAAGGAACAUCCUUCCAAUUGUCCGUUCUUUUGGAGAAAGUAGCCAGAGAAAGUCUGAUCCUCACUCAGUAGAUAAGACAGGUAAAGGAUCUCUACAGAUGGACAUUAUAAGUGAAAUCAAGCAUUCUACAUGCGUUUUUAUUGACAAAAAGUUUGUACUUUUCUCAAAAUUAUACCUUCAUUUUAUGAAGAAGAUUCCUGUUGGAGCUGAGGCUGCAAAUGUUUUAAUUGGAGAAGCAGAUUUCCUGAAACAACCUAUUGUUGCCUUCUUACGUUUAUCACCAGCUGUUCUUCUUCCAGGCAUGACUGAGGUUCCGCUCCCUACCAGGUUCUUGUUUGUCUUGCUGGGUCCAGUAGGGAAAGGACAGCAAUAUCAUGAGAUUGGACGGUCAAUGGCUACCCUCAUGACUGAUGAGGUUUUCCAUGAUGUUGCUUACAAAGCCAAGGAUCGAAGUGACCUUUUAGCUGGCAUUGAUGAGUUUCUAGAUCAGGUGACAGUGCUGCCACCUGGGGAAUGGGAUCCAUCGAUCAGAAUUGAGCCACCUAAAAGCGUUCCUUCUCAGGAUAAGAGGAAGAUGGCAAAGUUAUAUAAUGGAAAGAUUUCUGAUGAUGAGAUGGAAGAUCACACGGGACCAGAACUCCAAAGAACAGGAAAGCUCUUUGGUGGCUUGCUAUUGGAUAUAAAACGGAAAGCUCCUUGGUACUGGAGUGACUAUAAAGAUGCUUUGAAUUUGCAGUGUUUAGCUUCCUUUCUCUUCCUGUAUUGUGCCAGCAUGUCUCCUGUGAUCACCUUUGGGGGGCUGCUUGGAGAAGCAACAGAUGGACAAAUUAGUGCUAUAGAAUCCUUGCUUGGAGCUUCGAUCACUGGAGUGGUCUACUCUCUCUUUGCUGGCCAGCCUCUCACCAUCCUGGGAAGUACUGGACCAGUACUGGUUUUCGAGAAAAUUUUAUUCAAGUUCUGCAAAGACUAUAAGCUUUCUUAUCUUGCUCUGCGAACCUGCAUUGGCCUGUGGACAACAUUCAUGUGCCUCGUGCUCGUGGCCACCGAUGCUAGCUCUCUGGUCUGCUACAUCACUCGGUUUACAGAAGAAGCUUUUGCCUCUCUGAUCUGCCUCAUUUUCAUUUUUGAGGCCAUAGAGAAGCUGUUUAAGUUGGGAAGGACUUACCCAUUUUACAUGGAUAGCAAUCUGGACCAUCUGACUUUCUAUUACUGCAGAUGUACAGCUCCUACACAUCCCAGUAAUGAUACCCUGAUGUACUGGAGCAGUCAGAAUAUCAACCCUUCCAAAGUUGCCUGGGCUAAUCUCACUGUUUCUCAAUGUCAGCAGAUGCAUGGAGAAUUCAUAGGAUCUACAUGUGGAGCCACAGGACCUCUUACCCCUGAUGUUCUUUUGUGGUGCUGCAUUUUGUUCUUUACUACCUAUAUUUUGUCAAGCACACUGAAGAAAUUUAGGAGCACUAAGUAUUUCCCCAAAAAAGUACGCUCUGUGUUAAGUGAUUUUGCUAUUUUUAUAACUAUUGCUACCAUGGUCCUAAUUGACUACUGCAUUGGAAUCCCAUCACCAAAACUGAAUGUCCCAGGUGUCUUCAAGCCAACAAGAGAUGACCGUGGAUGGCUCAUUAGCCCAAUAGGCCCCAAUCCCUCAUGGACUGUGCUAGCAGCGAUCAUCCCAGCAUUACUCUGUACUAUACUGAUAUUUAUGGACCAACAAAUCACAGCAGUUAUUGUGAACAGGAAAGAACAUAAACUUAAGAAAGGAUGUGGCUACCAUCUGGACCUUCUCAUGGUGGGCAUCAUGCUUGGUGUGUGUUCAGUGAUGGGGUUGCCUUGGUAUGUUGCUGCAACCGUCCUUUCCAUCAGUCACGUGAACAGUCUUAGACUUGAAUCUACUGUAGCAGCUCCUGGGGAGCAACCUAAAUUCCUGGGCAUAAUUGAACAAAGAGCAACUGGAGUGAUGAUCUUUGUACUAAUGGGCCUUUCAGUCUUCAUCACUAGUGUGUUAAAGUUUAUACCGAUGCCUGUUCUCUAUGGAGUGUUUUUAUACAUGGGUGUUUCUUCUCUGAAUGGAAUACAGUUUUUUGAUCGCCUGAAGCUAAUGGGAAUGCCCACCAAGCAUCAGCCUGAUUUCAUUUACCUGCGACAUGUUCCUCUGAGGAAAGUGUACCUCUUCACAAUGAUCCAGCUCACCUGUCUGAUCAUUCUGUGGGUUGUCAAGACGUCUCCUGCAGCCAUUAUCUUUCCCAUGAUGGUUUUAGCACUGGUCUUUGUUCGGAAGCUCAUGUAUUUAUGCUUUUCAAAGAGGGAACUCAGCUGGCUUGAUGAUCCCAUGCCAGAAAGCAAGAAGAAAACAUUAGAUGAUGCUAUCCAACAGGCAAAAGAAGAUUCUCUCUUAGCAACAGAAAUUUUAGGCUCAAUUGUGGCCAUAAUGCAUGGCAAUUAUAGGCCUGAUCCUGCAGAUAUUAAUAUCUCAGAAGAAAUGCCUAAAACAACUGUGUGGAAGACCCUCACCAUGAAUACAGAAAAACUCUGAAGUUAAAAGGAAUAGGUAUGGCAAUUUUCUAUAGGGCAAUCUCAAAUCUCUACGUGCAGUC